CCGCUGGGGUGUGAGUGUGUCCGUGAGGAGGCGGAGGAGGAAAGAUGGCGGAGGAGGAGAAGCUCCCCGCGGGCUGGGAGAAGCGCAUGAGCCGCAGCUCCGGUACCGCCGCGGGGGGAGACGGGGGGCGUGUCUACUAUUUCAACCACAUUACCAAUGCCAGCCAGUGGGAGCGCCCCACUGGGAACAGCAAGAACGGGCAAGGGGAGCCCACGAAGGUGCGGUGCUCACACCUCUUGGUGAAACACAGCCAGUCCAGGAGGCCCUCGUCGUGGAGGGAGGAGAAGAUCACCCGGACCAAGGAGGAGGCCCUGGAGCUCAUUAAUGGCUACAUCCAGAAGAUCAAAUCCGGGGAAGACUUUGAAACCCUCGCAUCACAGUUCAGUGACUGCAGCUCGGCUAAGGCUGGAGGAGACCUGGGUGCUUUUGGAAGGGGUCAAAUGCAAAAGCCUUUUGAAGACGCCUCGUUUGCGCUGAGGACCGGGGAGAUGAGCGGACCAGUAUUCACGGAUUCAGGGAUCCAUAUCAUCUUGCGCACGGAGUGAAAAGUGCCUUGGCAACACGCUUGAAAAGGAAAAGGGUGGUGGG